CUGUCCAUUUUGUUGUUUAUGUUUACGUGGGGAGGCGGAGGUGGCGGGCGUCCGUGCUGACCCCGCGACGGAAAUUUGAAGGCCGCCACAGCCCUGUAACGCCGCCAGCAACAACCACAUUCUCAUACUCGUUUGUGAGCACCAGCAGCAAGCAGGAUGGAGAGGAUGGAGGAGGAGUUUGAGGGGCGCGUGUGGGAGGAUGCUCCUGACGCGGAGCCUCUGGAGGAAGAUGAGGCGCUUAGUCCAGCUGAUGUGCAGUCAAACUGUCUGCGUCAGUUCUCCAGCACAGACUUCAUCAUGGAGCCUGGGAUUUUCUCCACUCUCAAAAGGUAUUUCCAAGCUGGAGGGAAUCCUGAGCAGGUUAUUGAGAUGCUGUCAGAAAACUACCAAGCCGUGGCACAAAUGGCCAACCUGAUGGCGGAGUGGCUCAUCCUGGCAGGUGCAAGUAUAAAUGAUGUGCAGGCAAUGGUAGAAAACCACCUCAAGCAGAUGAUCCUUAAAACGUUUGACCCCAAGAAGGCAGACACCAUCUUCACUGAGGAGGGAGAUGCCCCUGCGUGGCUGACUGAGCUCAUAGAACAUAGUACAUGGCGGUCAGUUGUGUACCAGCUGGCAGAGGAGUUCCCGGAGUGUCUCAUGUUGAACUUCACCAUCAAGCUGAUUUCAGACGCAGGGUUCCAGGGUGAGAUCACAAGCAUAUCCACGGCAGCGCAGCAGAUUGAGGUGUUCUCCCGCAUCCUCAAGACCUCUACCGCUAACUUCCUUCAGUCUCCCGAGGACUCUAGACACAAAGCAGUGGUGGAGUUUGCUAAAAUGGUGUGUCAUGGGCAGCACACCUACAUCUACGCCCAGGUGAUGCUGCAGAUUUUGUCUCAGGAGGCGAAGGGCGGCAACAACAUCCGACGCCUGCAGCAGGAAAUCACCAAGUAUGCCAUUACCAGUGGCCUGAAUGUGACACCAAUCCAGCUGGCCUUGAAUGGUGCCAUGGCCCACCCCAGAGCGGCCCAAGCCCUGGCUCCCAUGCUGGCCCGUAAUGCCUUGAACCCAGCGGACAUCACCAUGCUCUUCAAACUGUACAGCAGCCCCGACCCUCCCCCAGUAGACCUCAUCCGCAUUCCACAGCUCCUAGAGCUGCUCAUUGACGCCCUCUUCAAGCCGGGCAGCAAAGUUAAUCAGGAACACAAGACCAAGUACUUCUACCUCCUCGGAUACAGCGCCAGUGUGUACGAGACCCCAAAGAAAGGAAACAGACCCCGACAGGUGAACAGAGACGACCUCAAACCCACACAGCAAGCCAUUGAGAAGGUUCACACCAUCUGCCAGGGCGGGAAGUCUGCCAUGGAGCUCAUCGCCGAAAUCAACACCCUAUACCAAUGCAUCAGGUUCCCAGCAGUGAGUGUGGGUCUGGUACGCUGGAUUGAGUGUGUAGUGAAGGAGCCAAGUUACUUUAAGCUCUGCACCGAGUCCACACCAACCCACUUAGCACUGCUGGAUGAGGUCGUGUCCAUCCAUCCGCUCCUCCACAGUCGCGUCCUCAGCCUUCUGGUGGAGUUGUUUGAGUCAGAAUUUCAGGACUUGGAGAUUCUGGUGCAGCUUGAGUUAAGGAAGAUGCUGCUGGACCGUAUGGUGAACCUCCUGAGUCGUGGCUGUGUCCUGCCCGUCAUGGAGUACAUUAAGGGCUGCUCCACCAAGGGUGACACAGACAUCUCCCUCAUCCGUUAUUUUGUGCGGGAGGUGCUCGAGAUUGUGGCGCCGCCGUACACCGUGGAGUUCGUGCAGCUCUUCCUCCCGCUGGUUGAGAAUGACGACAUCACCGGCUCCAUGAACACCGAUAGUGACCUGGUGACUGAGUUCAUAGCUCACUGCAAGACCAACUAUUAUGUCAUGUAAGUGUGUGUGUGUGUGUGAUUGUCAGUACCUGCAAGAAAUAUAAAUAUGUAUGUUUGGAAUAAAUUUAAAUAUUUGUAUCA